UGAGGCCAUAAUUACAAAUACUAUUUAUCUUUUAUCUUAUCAGUGUUAACGGAUAGUCCGUGAUAAGCACAGUUGAUAAGAUGAGUCAGUACUGCUUUGACUGUGUUGCGAACUGUGUUUUUUAUGCGCCUGUGCCCUAAAAAACAGGAAAAUGGGUGGGAAGACAGGAACCUACGUCAUUUUCCUUUGCCUGAUGACUCAAGUUAUAUGCCAAGAAACGAACGCAGCUGUCGCCCUUUCGGCUUCUUCAGAUGAAAUAAUAAAAGAAACAGGAAUAUGUAGGAAAUGCAAGUGUGAAGACACCAAAAUUGACUGCAAUGAACAAGGAUUGACUACAUUUUUCUCAUCCAGCGAUUGGGCAUCAUUGGCUCCACUCAAGCCGACACACGUAGACCUCAGUGACAACUCGUUUGUCAACGUGACAGCUAUGGCGGAACUUCCGGUGCAAAUGCUGAACCUGUCUCGAUGCAAUAUCGAGUUUAUAGCAUACAGCAGCUUCAGGGAUCUGCAGCAGAUGGUCGUGUUGGACUUGAGUCAUAACAAGCUGACUUAUGAGAAGCUUAGUCCUCACGCUUUUGAGGGUCGCUACGCCGCAGAAGAAUACGAGCCGCUCCGAGCGAUGCGAACCCUGAACCUCGCGUACAACGACCUCCACUCACUGAACCAGGACCUGUUCGAGCAUAUGCCUGAGCUAACCGAGUUGGACCUGAGUGGGAACCCACUAGGAACCGUCGAUCAUGUGACCCUCAUUGCCAUUUCUAGUCUACCAAUGUUAAAGGUCCUCCGUAUGCGUUCCUGUAACAUGAAGGAGAUCCCGGAUCGUCUCCUACACACCCCAAGGUACCUGGAGCGUCUGGACAUCAGCGACAACCAGCUGACGGCCAUCCCCCAGGAACUGGACGAGACCAAGAACUUGGUGUAUCUGAAUUUGAACCAGAACCCCAUUGAGGAGUUGGACGUCAAUUCUGAGGAGUUCCCUGGCUUCCCCCGUCUGAAGAAACUGAUGGAACUUCAUAUGUGCAACAUGCCUAAGCUGACCCGCGUUGGCAUAAGCUCUUUGGCCGGUCUGGAGAACCUGGAGAGGCUACACAUGAGCUACAACGAGAAGCUCUCGUACAUUGACCCCAAAGCGCUGGCGAGGCCGGACGAUAUCGGAGAGAUGUUCGUCUACCCGCAGUUGACUCAUUUGUACCUCCAAUCGAACAACUUGAGCUCCAUCGACUCCCGCCUCCUGGCGCGCUGGGACAACCUCCAGGACAUCGCCGUCUCCGACAACCCCUGGCUGUGUGACUGCACCAACCAGUGGAUGGUCAGCAACCUGGUCACUUACAUUGAGGUCAUACACCCUAACGCCACUGCUGAGAUGUCCUGUCAGGAACCUAUAGAGAUGCGAGGUUACAAUAUGAAGCAUCUUCAUGAAGUGCAUCGUGACAUGAGAUGUUUGGACAAGUACGGCCACCGGCCUGAGAAGGACGGCGCCAUUUUGCUUGGAACUCUCAUUGGUGUAUUACUAGCGGUGCCAAUAAUGCUGGCUCUGGUACUAAUGUGGAGGCAGGGCUACUUCGCGUGGAUAGGGCUCCGGGGACCCUCGCCCAUGUCUCGGGCGUUCUACAAGAGGGCACCCGCCGAUGAUAACUAUAUAUAGACUAGGGACCGAUCGCGGAUUCGUUCAUGUUAAUUUGUAUUGUUGGUGUUUUUUUCUAAAAUCUUUGUGUGUAAUUAUAGAAAGUUAAAUCCAAUUUUGCGUGAAAGAGUAAUAUAUUUUUUUUAUAUUAUAUUUAGGUAGUAAGUAAGUAGGUUUAAUAUAAGUGAGACGAAAUUUAUAACUUAUUUUCUGACGUUGUAUACUGUGAUUCGACGAAAUUAGGUGGUUUUCAACAAAAUUACAACAAAAGACAAAAAAAAAUUGCUAUUCAGAAAUCGAUCAGCUUAUCAAAGUAUAUAGAUAUUUUUUUCAAGGAAAACCAAUCAGUUUUAUCGUCCAAAGAUGCUGUGCAAAAUAUUAUUAUUGAAUAAAAAAUCAACUUGUAUUUUCAUUAAUAUUUUUUAAAAUUCAUAUUGUAAUUAAGUCUAGUUUAUUUUAAUUAGUUCUUAAUUUAUAUUUAUAUUGUUAAUGAUGAUGACAGAAAAGAAGAAAGAUUUGUAUAUUUUAUUUUUGUGUUUUUUAUUUUUAUAACGAAUAAACUCAAACACUACUCGACACAUUUUAAUGAAAUUUGGCACAAUCGCUGUUACUUACAGUCGUAGUAAGUAAAGCAUAAUUAUUACUAGCCUGAUUAUGUGAGUCGAACACAACAUUUAUUUCCGGGAAUUCCCACAGAAGCGAGUCCCUGGGAAAAUAUUUACACCUCAAGCAAGGCUAUGUGGGUAAGUGGUUGGUUUUAUACUGAUUUGUAGUAAUUAGUCGUAAAAGCGAUUUUUAUUACUUGACUAUGGCUGUAAACCACUAUUUUCUUAGCGUUAUUUAGUUUUUUUUUUAAUAUUAUAUUUAUAGAUGUAGUCUCUGCCUACCCUACCGGUGGAGUACCGGUAUUAUAUUUGUAUUGUAUAAGCUGUAGUUGUUUUGUUACGUAAUUACUUAGAAUUCUAUAGAACUUGAGCGACUUGCUCAUUUCAUUGGUAAAAAGUAAUAGGUAGAAUUUGAUAUCGAAAAAAUUGAUGAUAAAUAAAUCGUGGAAGUAAAAAAUAUAAUAAUUUUUAUAAAGAAAAUUAUAUCUAAUAAAUAAUAGAUUGCCAACCAACUAUUUUUGUAACUCUUUACUUAAUGCAGAACUUUUCAAAAUAAAAAAAUCUAAUAACAUUGUA